AUGAAAUUAUGUAACAUAUUUGUUGAACAUAAUUUAUUAUUGCAAUAUUACACUCAUGUAUCACGUCCAUGCGUAAGGAAUAAACAUAAUAACGUAAAAGUAGAUUAUAAGUUUUCCAACAACAACUUAAUAAAACGAGAACCUCAAGCUCAAUCGGUGCCACCUCAAGCUCAAACACCAUUACCCCCACCUGCCGCACAACCUCCGUCAGCAGUUCCAGGGCCAGCUUCCCCAGUAGCUACAAAUCCAGCUACUAAUGUAGUACCACCACCAGCUGUAACUAAUCCGGCGCCAGUACCUUCUGCACCAAAAACCGUAGUAGUUGCUCCUAAUAAUCCUUCUAAACCUUCAGACCAAGUCAUUGUACCAGCAGCUACGCCGCAAAUACCAACACUGUUACCUUAUGGUGCUGGGGCAGAAAAAUUACAAUCAGAAAAAGGGAAUGUAGGAAUG